CACUGUAGGUGGUGCCCGCGUCCAGCAACAACCGCGCGCACACACACACACUCUCUCUCUACCCUCCCUCACACACACACACACACACACACUCGCGCGCGCCGCGUGCUACCUACCUCCACCGAGGCCCAACGCACGCACACUCAUUUCCUGUGUAGGGUUGGAGAGUGGCAGGCGCCUCCCAGCGAGUACCAGACGGAAGGAAUCCCUCCCUCACCUCGCCCCUGACAAGAGCAAGCAUGCAGCACCUGCGAGCAGCCUGGACGCUGGUGGCGCUGAUGGUGGUCACAGUCGUUCAACUGGCCGCCUCCCAAGACCAGCAGGCUUCGACCCCCGGCCAGAGUGACGCCAAGCGAGUGGGUUGGUCCUCCAUGCACGGAACUUGGGGAAAAAGACCCGACCUUGACGAUACUCAACUUGAGACUCUGGAGGACAAGCGGACCAACUGGAACAAGUUCCAUGGCUCUUGGGGCAAGCGAGGCGAGGAAAUCCAGGCCGCUGAGGACAAGAGGACAAACUGGAACAAGUUCCAGGGUUCCUGGGGCAAGCGAGGAGACGACCUGGCCGACGCUGAACUACAGGCCGCUGAGGACAAGAGGACAAACUGGAACAAGUUCCAGGGUUCCUGGGGCAAGCGAGGAGACGACCUGGCCGACGCUGAACUACAGGCCGCUGAGGACAAGAGGACAAACUGGAACAAGUUCCAGGGUUCCUGGGGCAAGCGAGGAGACGACCUGGCCGACGCUGAACUACAGUCAGCCGAGGACAAGCGCACUAACUGGAACAAGUUCCAGGGUUCCUGGGGCAAGCGCAGCGACUGGAGCAGCCUGCAGUGCGACCUGGAGUCCGACAACGAGCAGCACCAGAAGCCCCUCUCCCCUCUGGCCCUAGCUAGGCUGAUGGCAGCCUCUCCUCAGAAGCGCGGUUGGGUACUGUGGGGCAAGCGACCGGACAACACAAGAGUCUCCCCUCGCUCCACUAACUGGUCCAGCCUCAGAGGAACAUGGGGCAAGCGUAAUGGGGACUGGAACAAGCUCCGGGGCGCCUGGGGCAAGCGGGCAGCCGACUGGGAACAGUUUAGAGGAUCAUGGGGCAAGAGAUCUCCCGACGGGAUGAGCGACGCCGCCACCAGCCUGGCUUAAGGCAGCGUCUUCCCGUCAGUCUUCGUCGUCGUCGUCGUGUGCACCUGAUGUGUGGCUCUCCCUGUGUCACCCUCCCUCCAUCUGUGUCACCCUCCCUCCACCUGUGUCACCACUAUGGUCCCUCCAUCUACGCUACUCCUGCCCCUCCUCCAGUCGACACCUCCAUCUCAGAAGUGACCUUGGUCUGGCCACGCCCACAGGACACGCCCACCCGGCCCCACAACACGGGUCACCACUCACAUCUCCUCACCUGGAUGCUGGUCCUUACCUCAGAGUCCGAGAUGUUAUUUUCCAUAAACCUCGUCAUUUGAUCACACCUCACUAAAGUUCCCUUAACCAUAUAAAUAAGUAUG